UCCCCGCCAGUCCGCCUCCUCUCUCGGUCUCAACAGUCGCUGCCGCCUCGUUGUUCACUUCGACCCGCAGGUCAGAGAGUCCGAACCGCAGAGUCCCGCACAGAACCCGCACAGAACCCACUUCUCUCCGCGCCGCCGCCGGAACAACAGGUGAGUGACCCAUAAAGCACGAUGGGGAAAGGAUGCCUGACUGUCAGCAAGUACUUCCUGUUCCUGUUCAACCUCAUCUUCUUCCUGCUCGGUGUUGCCGUCCUGGGCUUCGGACUCUGGCUCCUCCUGGACAACGAGAGCUUCACCGUGGUCAUCAAUAACGUGACGUCUGUGAAGGUGGCCUGCUACAUCCUGGUCGCAGUCGGUGCGUUCUCCAUGCUGAUGGGCUUCGUCGGCUGCGUGGGAGCCAUUUACGAGAUCCGCUGUGUGCUGGGCCUGUACUUCACCUGCCUGGUUCUGAUCCUCAUCGCUCAGAUCGUUGCCGGUUCUCUUAUCUACUUCCAGAAGGAAGAGCUGCACAAAGAGAUGUCAAAGGUCAUCGGCGAGGUGCUGGAAGGUUUCUCCGACAAUAACACAAGCACGGAGCGGGCCUGGAGCUUCGUCCAGAAGAACAUGGAAUGCUGCGGCUGGACAGACCAUGAGGACUGGAAGGUGAACCAGGUGAUCAAAAACAGUUCUGAGGUUCUGUUCCCCUGCUCCUGUCAGAAUGUCUCUAUGACCCACCUGAACCCGGCCGAGUCCGACCCGGAAAACAGUUGGCUCUGCAAGUCCAAGACGGCCGACUGGCCCGUUUACAGCACGGGUUGCUCUAAGAGCGUGGAGAGCUGGCUGCUCACCAACAUCGGCGUGGUGCUGGGGGUCUGCGUGGCGGUGGCAUUCAUCGAGCUGCUGGGGAUGGUUCUGUCCGUCUGCAUGUGCAGAAACUUCCAGGAGGAUUACAGCAAAGUGCCCAAGUACUGAGGAACUGGGAGGAAGAGUUCAAACCAGUUUCAGCCUGGAUUUGCUGAACUUCUGUCCAUAUGUUAAAUAAUGAGUAUUUUCUUUGUUUUAUCAGAUUUUCCUUCUGCUUUUGUCAGACUAGUUUCCUUUAAGCACUUUAGAAACGUUUGUAGUUUUCGGAUCCGAACGAUGCUGAAAAUGAAAAUGAAAUUAGAAAUUCGAUGAAUGGGUGGAGUAAAAAGCGAGCAGCUCUUCCCAGUCCUCCCAGUUGGAGCAGCAGGUCUGGAUCGGAUCUCUGCUGGUUUUUACUCCCACCAGCUGACAUGUGAAAUGUUUUUAGUACUUUGUAUAUAAUUUAAAGGAUUAUUUCUAUGAACUCCAGCAGGUUUCCUGUAUUAUUAAAGUUUUCCUCCUGACUGGGUUUAGUGGUACUACACAUACUGGUUUCCAGUUUAAACUUUACUUUAGCUUCACAGCAAGUUUAACUCUGAAUUUAGUGGAGAGCUGACAGAAACCUUUGAGCCUCGCUGUAUUUUUUAAAGUUUUUGUAUUGUCUGAAUUAAAAGUGGAUUAACUUUGUAAUAACUGGUGGGAUGAAAACGUUGUGGAGGGAAAAAGUACUCACAUCAUUUAUUAUGUUUUUGUCAAUAAACUGAACAACGUUUUA